AUGUUCAUGAGGCGGCUCCUGUAUCAAGUUGUAACCGGCGUAGAUGACCCCAAGGAUAAGAAAUAUUCUUCUUUGCAUUUCUUUCUUCAUUCCGCAGUUCCAAUAUAUGACAUUUCAUAUCAUAAAAGUGAUGAGUGUUUGUCCCAUUCGCAUAACAAGUAUUUGAAGUCUCUGAUCUCUAUACGCCUGAAGGUGGCUUCUUGCGCACCCGGUCUCAUGGGAACUGAACAAGUGACAGGAAAUUCGCAUUUUGGAGUAUACUGCCACCCUUUCAUGCAUGGUUCGUUUUCAUUUAUGCCGUGUGGCGCGAUAUUUUACAAGGGUCUAAUUUUUGUCGUUUUUCCAGCGAUCCGGAAAAAUAGGUUCCGGCAAAUAAAAAUUACCACAAACAUUUUUUCCGCAAAAAUUUACUCCAACGUAGAUAUUCUCUAACUUAAACUCGCUACACAAUAAUACAGCACUGAGAAAUCGUUUCUGCUUAAUCACAGCUUGUCUCUUUCAUUCAGAAACAACGAAAUACUGGUUUAUUGCUUGAAAAUAUCUAUCUCAAUAAAAACGAAAAUAUUUAUAUCAAUGCUGGGUACUGGGUACUUUCUGAAAAUCGAAAAAAUUAAUUCCCGGCAAGAAAAACAAAUCUGCCCUUAUCGCAAAAAUUUGUUCCCGCAAAAAUUUCGUGUUGAAGAGCAGUAUGUUUGACUAAUAAAGGCACUCAUGCAAUAGGGUGCUGAUCGGGGGCUGAAGAUGAAUGUUGAGGUAAGGCUCUAUUUUCGUUUCUCUUGGUGAAUGUAUUUCCGGGAGUAAGGCUAAAAUCGUCGACACGUACCUAAGAGGGAAUGUGCUAAAAUUUAGCCUCAACACAUAGUUAAUAUGCCCUGACAAAAUCCCGUUUAGACGCAUUAAUUAAGGCUAUUUUGGACGGAAACGGAAGCGGAAGCUUGAAGUUGGACGUAGCGAUGGGCAAAUUUGGGCAAGUUCCCUCACAAACGAUGUGUCAAAAUUUCACUCUCAAACAUCACAUAACUCUCAAACUUGGGCUUCUUGGGAAUUAGUUGCGAAUGGUCUUUUUCACAUUCCUUUUCACAGGAGUCUCUUACAAGUUUAUGAAAAGUGAUGGUAUUAAGACUUACGUAACGCUUUCUUUGGCAGGACGCCAAGAUACAGCUGCGAGUAAACUGGUGCGAGUAGAACAAAGUAAAUUGUUGUCUUGAGAAAUGCGAGGGUACUUGCCUUAGAAGCCGCCGGAUAACUUGGAAUUAACAUCUAGAUGAAGAAAAACAAGGUAAAAAACACUGUCAUCUUUCGCUAUGAGUUUAUAUCACAAGAUUUACAUGUGAUGAUUGGCGGGUUUCGAACGAAAUAGCGCGUGAACGGUCCCGUGAAUAGCUAUAUUUCAUCCUGUCAAAUGCUUAUUGAGCCCGCCAUUUUUGGGUUAGAUUGGUCUAGCCUUGUUAAUUAUGUUAUCUGUGAGCAGUCCGUAGAAUUUCAAGCAUAAAUAGCUUGCACAGGUCCAAAAACAAGCCCUUCAGGUUGGCUUCUUAUACUUGUUGUGAAAUUUCUUAAGGACAAUUCCUCUAGCUGUCGACGCUUAUUUGUUUUCGAGUUAAGCUCACGUUUUCCUCGUGAAUGUUUACUGAACGAACGAUGCCAAUAUUGAAAAUCCCUUUCAAAGAUAUGAUGGCAAUAUAAAUUAUGGCUUAUACCUCCCCUGAUCAACUUAUAUGUUCAUAUCCUUUCAUUCUUUUACAGGAUCGGGCAAAAUAAAGUGUGCGCCUUCGGUCUGUUUCUGCUCCUUCUCGCGUGGGCUUCGAUUGCGUAUGGCGGAACUUUAGCUUUCUGUCUUUGUUUAUAUCGGCCAGAAGAAGUGGACUCAAGAAUCUUUCAAAAGUAAGCUUUUAUUUUAAGUAAUCUCGAAUGUGUUUAACUCGUGAGACAUUAAUUACUGCAAAAAAUAGGAACAACGGUACUUGUUUACUUAAUGUGACUCAAAUAACAUUAGUUUUAAAAAAUACCCGGAAUAUUUAAGUUACAGAAAUGUUAAUUAUUCUGAAGACGAUUUUCUAAAGUUUUGAGCUCCUUUUUGAUAGAGGGUUUAAUUUUUAACUCAUCAAACAUUUGUGAUCAUAUUGGUUUUGUUCGUUUUUAUUUGUAAGGGUUGUUUGUAACUGUCAGUUUAAUAGGGGGAAAACCCCAUUUUUUUGAUCUUAUAAGUUAUGCAUUGAAAAGUAAAAAUAUAUUCGAAUCAGCUUUGAUGGAGAUUGUUUCAGUUCUAGAAAGAAGUAAUAUAAUAACAUGUAACUCUAAACCAAACUUUUUGCAUGACUGGAACUUGGGAAACUAAUUUUUAACUUGCCUUUUCUUGCUUAACAUUUUAAGUUUCAAUUUCUUGGGGGAAAAAAAAUGCUGUCUUUCAAUUUUCAGUUUCACCUUGGGCCCUACUACCGAUAAGUAAGGCCCUGUUAGGGGAAAAUCGCAAAAAGUGACAGGGCCUUAAAACAUAAGACAGCUGAAAUGGCUACAAUUAAUGACACAAAAAAGGUUUGAGACAGUGACAGUGAAAGUGAAGAGUGCAAAUACAUGUACAAAAUUAAUACACCAAAAGGGAAUAGCUUCUGUCUCAAUAUGCAAAACAAUGGGUUUUGAAAUUCAGACAAUAUACUCCCCCCCCCCCAAAAAAAAAAAAAAAAUUUGCUUAUGCAUUGUUUUCAGUUUCUCUUGGGACGGCUGUAGUACCAGGAGAAAUAUGAAAAACAAAGGUUAUGCAAAAUUUUGGGGGCAAAUAAGUUGCGCUAUUGGAGAUGUGCAACUGGCGUAUUAAGGGGGCCUCGUAAGUCUUUCAUUGGUCCAUACAGGUUGAUGCAUUUAGUGUCAGGAAACCCACAUUUUAUACAAAUUUUAGGUGUAACUAUGCAUGCAAUGCAUAGUUACACCUGGUUAUUGUCCACAUGCAUAACUUAAAAUAUAGACUAUGGAAUGACAGACUUGGUAUGAAACAUAGAUUGUGCUACAGACAGAUCUCAUUUCCUCUUCCACCCAUACCCACUGACGUUUUGCUUGCAGGCUAUUAUUAGUUUACUUUCCAAACACUACGAAACAAAACACUUAACCCUUUAAGUCCCAAUAGUGACCAACAUCAAUUUUCUCCUAACAAUAUCCAUACAAUGUCAAGAGAUUAGGUUAUGAGAAUUAAUAAAUGAUCACCAAAGAGAAAAUGCUUUGAUCUUUUCUCAAAUUCGCUCAACUUAUUCUUUAAAGAAAUUAAUGUAUAGAGAUCAGUUUGGAGAAUUUGCUUGUGGAUAUUGGGGCUUAAAGGGUUAAGAUGCAGUAUACAGCAAGUCUGCAGUCUGUUUGUAAUACUGACCAAUUGCAUUUGCCCAUGCCAUGGGAUUGCAUUUCUUCCUUUUUUUCAGAUGUCUUCUUUAAGUUUACCGUGUUUAAAUGAGCAAGUGGCCAAGAGUAUCCCUUUAACAAAAUAUAAACUUCAAGUAAAACAUAAAAAGCUUGCAAUGGUAAGUGAACCAUUACUUCCAGUGGAAGGUUCAGAUCAACAGGAAAUCAGAACAAGGGAUUUAGAACAAUGUGAUCUUGUUCUGGAUAAGGCUGUUGAAGUUGAUUCUCAGUCGAUUGUUGAGGAGGAGAUUGACCCAAGGUCAUCAUCGCUGGAGUACUGCUUUCUUUGCUCACAAAGUGGACCAGUGAUUAAGGAAGAGGUUUGCCAUAAACAAAAGUUGAAAAGGCAAACCAUAUCUCAAAGUCUGCUAGUUUUAAAGUCUUCAGGAUCAAACAGUGCAAGCACACCUUAUUUACAUGUUAAUUUGUGUGACAAUUUAAUGGGAAGAAAGAGCACUUCAGCUUCUGUUUUAAGCAGUGCUACAUUUAAAGUUCAGCAGCCUGGGCAAAAUGUUAUCAAAGGUCAAAGCAUUUCUUCAUCACUAAGUAAAGUUACUGAAAUGAAUGACAGUUGUGGGCUGAUGUGUCGCAUAUGUCAUGGUGACGGUGAAGAAGAAGAACUUAUCAGGCCUUGCCGAUGUACUGGAACAGUGAAGCACGCCCAUCAAAGCUGUAUAUUACACUGGGUUUCCAAAUCUGGAAAUCAAACCUGUGAGCUGUGUAAUUUUAAAUUUAAAACACGAAAAGAGAGUGUCAAGUGCUUCUGGAAGGUUGGUUAUUUACAAACUUUUUUCCUAAUAUAAAGCCUGGUUUUCAUAUGUUAGGAAAAUCCCAGAUGAUCAGGGAUUUUACUCUUACCCAAUCAUCCCAGAUCUUGCUGACUAAUGAAAACUUGAAAUUUUUCCCAACAUAUAUUAAUCAUGCUUAAAUUACUUAUCGUUAGGGCGUUAGUCUGUAGAACCUCAAUGCUCAAGGUCUUUUUGUUUUGUCUUCAGAUCUUGAGGUUGGGUUUCUAUCCUUGGUCAUAAUAUCAUUUCCUUUUUAGGAAAAGGAAAAUUGGGUCAGCACUGUUUCUCUCUCCAUAGGUAAUAUGACAAAGUGCUGGGGAUAACCGUGGCCCUUAUGGGUCUUGCACCGCUUCAGUGGGGAAGUUAGUCAUUUUAGUCAUUGACUAAAAUAUACGCAAGUGACACCAACAAACUUUCUAGGUCAAAUUGGACUUUGGGAUUUUGAGGGGAGGAGAUAACCAGAGUACCAGUGGGUAAAAAGCUGUUGGAGCAAACAAUGUAACCACCAACAAACUCAACUUACAUAGGGUGGGGACUCAAACCCAGGUCACGUUAGUGUAAUCGGAAGCAAAAUUAGGAAGGAAGCCCACCCUACCAAUUCUGGGGUAUGGCUAAUUAUAUCACCCAGGUAAUGGCAGCCAUUUUGGGCGGGGUUGGUGAUCAUAAGUGAGAUCUUUCAUCAAGGGCUAUGCUAUGCUGAUGAGUCUUAAUGAGGAUGAAACAGCUGUCUAUGGCUGCCACUGCCUGAAUAAUAAGUGGCUGUGUACUUACAUGGUUCCUUGCUGAAUUUUAAGUGGUCUCAGCACUGGGUUAUCCUUGCUCCCCCUAAUUCUGAAGAGAAACUACUGCUUGCUGGCUCGCUGAAUCCGCAAGCGGGCAAGAUGAAGCAAAUUCUGCAUUCUGAUCGGCUACCUGGUGGGCAAGAUUGGCCCAUCCUGCUCACUCAGUAUUUCCCACAUUGGUCCUGUAAGAAAAAUUCUGUUUUUCGCCAUAUAAUAAACCCUGUAUUGACCAAGCUUGUUGGGUCAAGAUGGCUGAAUAUUGGCCAUUAUAUUAUUCAGCCAUCUGGACCUCAUGCUUGGUCAAUGAAGCAUAUUUAUAACCUCCUGAUUAUAUAUCUCUCUAGUGGAGAUUUCCAGAAGUAAGUACCAAAGGAUGGCUGCACAUUGGCCUCUUUAUUGCCUUUGCAACAAUGCUGCUUACUUCCAUUACUUGGAUCAUUUGGUCUCGUGUUAGCAGAACCCCAUCGGCCAUUGCAGAACGGACUACGGAGGAGGUCAAGUUUGCAUAUAUGGUGAAUGGCUUAUUCAUUGCUCUGGCUGUAGGUGGCUUGUAUUUUGACAGCUUGAAACAUUUUAAACAGUACUCAAAACGCUGGACAGCCCUGAAUCGCAAUGUGGUGGUGGAAUGUUACACAUUAGAACAAAACAGCAAGGCGGGCAUGAGGUCGCAACACAGUACUUGCACUCCAAAUCAACUCCCUACACCAGACAUCGCAGCUGAAGAAACUCAAGCUGAACAAGAGAGUUCUCGCGGACAAGAACGUGCAGACUGGGUUUAAAAGAAGAGCCUUUCAGAAGUGAACUAGAACUGUCAAAGGUGCAUUUACCUUAAUGCUCAAAAUGGGCACCUUGGCCUUUCGAGGGUUGUUCAAUGUGAGUGAACUGAGCGGUUUGUCUAACAUUAAGUUACCUUAUCGGAAAUUAAGGCAUUGGAAGUUAAUGCAACACUUAAUUUUAACACAAAAUUUAUGAUAAGUGGCUUUUGAAUAAAGGCAAUUAACACGAAAGGGAGGUUAGCAUUUCAAAAUGAAGGUAAUUAAUGCUAUGUUCAUAAAAGAAACAAAACCUGUUGAGAUAAAAGACAGCUGACUAGAAACAAAGUUAAAUUUAUAAUCCGAAAUGGAAACUUUGUUCGUGUUACUUUCCCUAAACAUACAUAGGGAGCCAAGCAAAGAUAACUGGCCUCUCCAAGGGUUCUUCAAAGUUUCACAGAUACUGGCAGAAUUCUCCAUAAUGAUCCUCUUUCAUGGUGUCAAGAAUAUUAAGUUUCUCAAGAACUUUGGGGGCAAAUUUCAUCAGUCGUUAAUUGCCUAUAACACGGUAUGUUCAUCAUAAUCAAGUCAAACAACCCCUUCGCCAUCUCAUAUGAUCCAUCAAGAUAUUACUGAGGGGUACAUAAGCGAUUGCGACUUCUGGUGAUCAAGUUCACAUCUGUUUAACACAUCACAAUAAUCUUAGAUUGCUGGUAGAGGGGUUGACUUUCAUGUUACAAUACCCAUCUCAGUUUGUGUGUAUUGGACUUAAUUAUGUGGAGGGAAUUGCCUUCCGGAGAUUUAAAGUCUUUGAAAUAAGUUCACUUCUAAUAAACAGUGAUUUUGCUACCUCUGCAUCGUGUGGCCCUGACACAUAAAAAUUUGAGUCCCCAAACACAAAAUAAUUCAUGGCAUUCAUCUCAAGGGAUGCAGAGGUUGAUUGAUUGAUCAAUCUGAAGAUGUUUUUGUAGAAUAUCCUGUUCGUGUGAUUUCGGUAGCUGUUAUUGUGGACGUUGUUUAACCAUGCAUAUUUAUUUUAGUCUUUUUGUGCUUUAAAUGGAAGGGCUAUAAAUUAUUUUAAUUUCAGUAAACUGUACUAAAGAGUUUUGGAGUCUGUCUCUAGAUUAACUGUCUGGUUACAGAAAGACCCUGCAAGCUUUUUUUUUUAUUUUAGGGCUCAUUGUUUUUUGAAUUGCGUGUCACGAUUUUUCACAAGAUGAGUCCCAUGUCUCACUAUAACUAUUUGUAACAAAGUCACUGCUAGUAAUAAAUACCCCGUACCAGGGCUUGAAAAAGGUCCUUUCCAGUCUCAGGGACAAGUUGAUUAUGUUGCUGGGCAAUUCAAGUAACUGUUAAAAUUCGCUUGCCCAAUGGUAAUGGGCAAGGGUCUAAGCAAGUCAUCUUCUAACUUAAUCAUUAACUAAGACAAGCAAGAAGUGGCCACAGGAGAGCUGCUUGCCCAAAGGAGAAGCAGGCAUUCAAGUUUUUUUUCAAGCCCUGAAUGUACAUUAUUUGUACCACAUAUGCAGCCAAUUGGAAUAAAUAAUGUUGUCAUAUAAACUAAGUGACAAAAGAAAAUGUACAUAAGCUAAAGGGGACUAAAUUAGGCACACGUACGUCAGUCUGGGGUUCAAUCUGACGAAGGACAAAAUGUCUCCAUGGUAACUGAUUCACCUUCCCUCAACUCAACAGAUGUCAAAACUGAUUGAAUAUUAUAUUAUGCCUUACUUCAAGGGUGUUUUCUGUUCAGAAUUUUAUUCUCCCCUUCAGUUUGAAAGCAGACAGGUGAAAGAAAUGUGUGAUGCUUAAUUGGAAUUUCCAGGUGACUGGGAAGGGGAU